UGUCAUUCGAUUACAGCGAAAAGAUAGAAGCGCUUAUCCAUCAAAAUAGUUUGAUAUUUAGAUUCAUUUAGUGAAUAGAGUUUAGCGGUUUUAUGCACCAUUGUUUUCACUGAGUUAUUACUUACAAUCAAAGUUUUUUUUUUUCUAUUUCAUUUGAAACAUUCGAUUCACAUAAAACAUGGAGGUGUUGAGUGCACACUUGAAAGCUAUUCGAGUUCCAUGCGGUUCGGAUAAUGUCUAUAAAGAUGAAUGCGUUUAUUCAUACGACACACCGGAAACUCCAACUGGACUGUAUGUGAGUUUAUGGUCCUUCCUUGGUUUUGGUCAUGAAUACGUUGAAGGUUAUUAUAAAAAGACUGGCAAUGCUGUAUUUUUACACAUUUAUCGUGAAAAAAUUGAAAUACCCGGAUCAAAUGAAACACAAAAUGAUGGUCCCGAAAAGAAAAUCACACGAUUGGCAAUUGGCGUUGAAGGCGGUUUCGAUCCAAAUGAAAACAAACGAAAAUACGAAUACAAAGAUCAUUUGAGUGUGGUUGUUUUUCCGAAUGCCGUUAAAAUUCCAUAUCCAAACAUUGAUUUGCCAUUGUUGGUUAGCAAUGCCGUCGAAGCGAUUAUGUCAGCCGAAUCGGUGACUAACAAAUUGGAAAAAGAUGCACUCACUGGUACUUGGGAUGGUGAAAAGCGUCAGGUAUCGCAAUAUGCAAACAAUUUACAACAAUUAGACAAUGGAAAGAAAAUUCCACCAUCCGGAUGGAAAUGCGAAAAAUGUGAUUUAACCAAUAAUUUAUGGUUGAAUUUAACGGAUGGUUCGAUUUUAUGUGGUCGUCGAUUUUUCGAUGGUUCCGGUGGCAAUGAUCAUGCCAUUCAACAUUACAAUGUAUGCGGUUAUCCGUUGGCUGUUAAACUGGGAACAAUUACCCCAGAUGGCAAAGGCGAUGUAUUCAGCUAUGUUGAAGACGAUAUGGUUGAAGAUCCAAAAUUGAUUGAGCAUUUGGCACAUUUUGGUAUUAAAUCAAAUCAAUUGGAAAAGACUGAAAAAUCAAUGGUUGAACUCGAAUUGGAUUUGAAUCAACGAAUUGGUGAAUGGAGCAUUUUAACCGAAAGUUCAAGCAAUCUGGAGCCAAUCUGUGGGCCCGGUUACACUGGCAUGAAAAAUCUUGGAAAUUCAUGUUAUAUGAACAGUGUGAUGCAAACAUUAUUCACAAUUCCCGACUUCAUCGAUCGUUUCGUCACAAAAUCAUCGAAAAUUUUUGAACGUUACCCCAAUGAUCCGACCAAUGAUUUUGAUAUUCAAUUUGCAAAGCUUGGUACCGGCUUAUGGAGCGGUAAAUAUAGUGGCGUUGCCGAUAACACAUUGGACUCAGAUAAUACUGGUAUUUCGCCGGUUAUGUUCAAAAAUUUGAUUGGAAAAAAUCACAAAGAUUUCUCCAGCAAAUUACAACAAGAUGCUCAAGAAUUUUUACUGCAUAUUAUCAGUGAAUUGCAAAAGCAUAGCCGCAACGAAACAAAUCCGGCCGAUGCGUUAAAAUUUUCGGUCGAAGAUCGUCUUGAGUGCUGCGCCAGCGGCAAGGUGAAAUACACGAAACGUGAUGAAUAUUGUCUGCCAUUGCAUAUUCCAUUGCAGAAAGCAACAAAUGCAGCUGAGGUUCGGGCAUACGAUCUAAAAGUGACCGAAGCUGAGAGUCGUGGUCAAAAGAUUGAUCCAAAUUUACAUGUUCGGCCACGAAUUCCAUUGCAAUGUUGCUUAGAUCGUUUCGGUCAGACCGAAAUUGUUGAACAAUUCUAUAGCACGGCAAUUAAUGGCCAGACAAAUGCAAAGAAAACCACCCGUCUGGCAACAAUGCCCGAUUAUAUAAUUUUGCAUUUGAAAAAAUUUACAUUGCGUGAGGAUUGGACAUGUGUUAAGCUUGAUGUUGCUGUUGAAAUUCCUGACAUUUUGGAUUUGGGAUCGUUGCGUUCAACCGGCUUGCAGCCGAAUGAAGAAUUAUUGCCGGAGUUGGAUCGAGAACCACCACAACCUGAACUCAAUGAAACAUUUAUCGCUCAAUUGGUCGAUAUGGGCUUUCCAAUUGACGCAUGCAAACGUGCUGUAUUCUUUACGAAAAAUGUCGGCCUUGAACCAGCCACACAAUGGAUCAUGGAACAUAUUUCGGACAGUGAUUUCGGUGAUCCAUUUGUGCCACCCGGCACAGAUUUAUCAAAGAAUGCAGCUGCAUUUGUGCCAGAUGCAUCCGGAUUGGAGAUGCUUAUGAAUAUGGGAUUUAAUGCUGUUCAAGCAACAAAAGCACUUAAGGAAACAAACAACAACGUCGAACGGGCCGCCGAUUGGAUAUUCUCUCAUCAAAUGGAAAUCGAUAACUUGGAAGAUGGCAUCGAAAUUGAGACCAUUGAGAAUGCACCAGCACCAGCACCAGAACCAACUGCAGCUCAAUCAAAUCAACGGGAUGGAGACAGUCAAUACAAAUUGGUCGCAUUUAUAUCGCAUAUGGGCUCAUCAUCACAAGUCGGUCAUUAUGUGUGUCACAUUUUGAAAAACGAUAAAUGGGUUAUAUUCAAUGACAGCAAAGUUGCCAUUUCACAGAAUCCUCCAAAGGAAUUAGGCUAUUUGUAUUUGUAUCAACGGCUCUAAGUCAAUAAUGAUUCGAAUAAGAAAAAUAAAACAUCAUCAUUCAAAGCAA